AUGGCCGGCGAUGCGGGAGAACAGGUCCAGUACGAAGAUGGCGACCACUGGCGCUCCGUUUUUCCUGGCAUCCAUGUGUACUCCGCCUAUCUGGAAAAGGGAUCCGCCAGCGACAGUUGGAUCGUUCGAAUCAUCAGCGUCACCGAAAACGACGAUCCCAAACUCCAGACAAGUCAGCCGAACUUUCAGUGUUGGAUCAGCGCAGGCCGAGCAACUUACGUCGCUCAGGCGACGUACGAGCCAUUAAGGGAACACAACUGGCUCCCCCUGGGGACAGCCUCUUUUUUGUGUCCCGUUGAGUUUCCAGAGGAGAUUCUGAAGGAGCGAACGGUUCGGGUCGCGCUGGGGAUCAGUCACAGGAUGGAUGUUCCCGUCUGGCUCGACGUCCACAUGCCACGAAAGAGCAAGGCCAAGUGCUGCGCCGUGUGCACAACCCCGAUCGCGGGACACUUUGACAAGCUUUCCGUCCUCGCUGAAUUCGUGGGCUACUACAGCACGGUGGGCGUUCGCCGCUUCGAUUUCUACCUGGGGGAUGUCUCGCGCGAUGUGGAACUUCUGCUCGUUCACCUGCAGCGCGUCUCUGGAGCAGACAUCGUGAUGCACAAAUGGAACCUCCAGUUUAACCGUUCAGAACUUCUGGAACACCGAGCGUCUCAACUAGACUGCUCGUACAGGUCUCGGUUUGAGUCGGAGUACGUCAUCAACGCCGACUUUGAAGAGUUCUUGGUACCGAAGCACGGGCGCAGUAUCCCCGAAGCCCUGCGGACGCUGGAGGCUAGCUACGGCGAAGACUCGAUAGGAAGCAUCGUGGUCCAGAAGCAGUUCUUCUGCUCUGAAUACGCUUACGAUAAAGAUAACCUGGACAGAAGAUACGAAGUACCCCUGAUGACUCGGGUGAGACAACUGCGCGAGGUAACGUCAUGGCGGUUCGAUGUGCCGUGGAAAUACAUCACAAAGGCCAACGCUACGGAGUACGCAGGGGCCGGCUUCGCUCUGGGGCGUCUUGGAGAGCGUCGGGUUGUUGAUGCCGGUGAGAACGCACUGGCCUUGCACCAUUACACGAGCUGCUGCGGCUUGAGUAAGCCGGUGCUGUACGGACUGGUGAGCGUUGACGUUUUGUCGAACAGUGAGCUCGUGGAGGACGGCGCUCUGAGGAGGUUCGGCGACGCCAUAGCGAGCUCGACGGCCAUAGCUCUCGUGAACUCAUUUGUUGCUGCUGCGGUUGAAUCGUACACCGGAGCGUACGAGCCGUUAAUGCCGCUGGACGGAGAGUUUCACUUCUGGUACCUCUAG